AGUCGUACUUUGGUACUACAUCCGUAGUUUUCGUUUUGGACACAAGAACAUCAUGAAGCGCAACAACAAAACGUCCUCGACGUCGCCGAAGAAGCGGACCACCCGCUCUACUUCGCGCUCCCCGAUGAAGAAAGCGCCCGCAGGCACCAGUGCGACGAAAGCGCAUCGCAACGAAGAAGCAGGUCGCCACGUCAUGCCAAAAGUAGCUACCGAGGUGGGAGAUAGUAAUUCCAACGCCGCAAGCGCACAACAAGCACAGGAAUGCCUACCAUCACCACAUCAAGUCCCGGACGGAAAGAACGUUCUUGAGGCGAAAAUAAGUGCUGCCAUCAAAACUACCAACCCUGAGCAACUGGAUGCCUUCGACCGUCUCAUCCAUUUCUUCACUGUUCCGGGCGUCCUUGCAAUUAUUGUCGCGGUUUACGCCUUCGGCGGCGGUUUGUUCGGCACCGACAACGUGGACAUUCCGAUUCACUUAUGCGCGCUAGUACUGGGUGCGGGGCGAGGUGGUGUCCCCGGCGCUGCAACGGUGGGGGGUUCGUUUUUCAUUCUAUCGAAGGGAAAAAGGUUGUGCGAUCUUUUCAUGUUUCGUGUUGUUGAUUGGCAUGUACUAAAAAAUUAUUUCUCGCAACUUUUGUACUGCGCGCAUGUUGAUGACCUUGACCCACAUAAAGACUCAUUGCUCGCCGCACCGAAACACGAAGAGCUUCCUUUGCAGCUUCGAAUUACGGAAUGCCAGUGAUGAUCUUGUCCACAGCAAAACCUUCUCAGACGCCGACUUUUUUCCUUCAUACGCUCUCCUUGCACCCCCCGGCAAGGUAAACCAGAUGCUGGCACUGAUGACGGUGGCACAGUCCCUCCCGAACAACCUUGUGGGUUUCGUAUACCGAAAGUCGGCGCACUGGCUUCUGGCGCUGAAGUUGAACCUGUUUUGCGUGCUCGGGUUGGUGUGCGGGCAGUACGCCGUUGAGCUGAUGUCCGACGACUUCAUCAAGAAAUUUGCUGGUGGCAUCCUUUAUGAAUUUUUGCAAAAGUAUCCCACACGACGUAGCAGUUGCAGUCAUGUGUCGUGACCAAUCUUCCUUCUUAGGAAAAACAGCAUGGCAAAAUCCACUUUUCCACUUCAGAAAAUUUGGAUAAAUGCAAUCUACACAACUAGUGGGAUACUUUCUUCAAAAUGCAUAUCCUGCUGUUCAUGGUGGCGCAGAUGACGCUCGAGAAGGUGCACGAGAUGAGAGAACACGCGAAGAGCAAAGGUGCUGUAGAUCAUCAUGUAGACGGAAAAGCGGAUACCAGCACUGUGGAAAAAGGGGAUCUUCACGAAGAAACAGAUGCAGAGAAGCUACAAAAAAAACAGGAAUUUCUCCAGUCGCAGAAGGUUCUUUUCCCGCUGGGGUUCGUCGGCGGCAUUUUGUCCUACGUGGCGGGCAACAUGGGCCCCUUGCUGAAUGUGUACAUGGUGUUUCUGGAACUUCCCAAGUACGAGCUGGUCGCGACGCGGGCGGCGAUUUUUAUCCCCAACGACGCGAUAAAAAUGCUGCAACGUUGGUACUCCGGACACUUGACGCUGGGACGCUUAGGGGACAGGGGGGGUGUUGGUUCAUUGUUAUUCAAGGGAAAUAGCAGAGCGCAUCUGGAGGUAGUAGUUGAUUCAGAAACCACAAGAGUGUGGUUUACUUUGCAUGACUCGUCCUCGUCGCGCGCUUCUGUUUUUCUUUUUCUGCAUUUAGGAUCUUAAUUCAGCUACCGGUCCUCGGCCGCAAGGACGCGGUUUCCGCAACGCUUGCUGCAGAAUGAGGAUUGUUUUUACGUAGCCUUUUCAAAGCGGGCUUUUUGUUUUUGUUCCCCUAUAGCCAUACAAAGCUCAAUAAAGUCGUCUCUCGCUGCUCCUGCUCUCCAGAUGACGCGUGGCUUUUUCCCACCGCUGCAUAUUGAAGUGCCUUUUCGGUCUCAUCAUUAUCCACCAGCCUCGCCGAUUUUUUCCGACAGAACGACGGAAACCUGUUGCCCGGUAUCCGGCUGGGGAUUGUGGGUGUCUUCGGAGUGAUAUUAGCCAAAAUUUGGCUCAAGAACGCGAGCAAGGCGACGUUCGCGUUUGUGCACGACCGGGUCACGUAUGUCAUGACGCUGGUGUCUGGUUUGUUGCUAGCGACCGGUGUGGAUGUUGGGGAGACGGUUCUACGAUUGAUGGCGCUGCUCACGGGAAAAUAAGUACUAAAAUCCAGUCGUAUUUUUGAACAAACAAUGACGUCAAAGCUGCCACCGCCGCUCGGCUUGCAGCUUGCAGGGGUAGUUCUUCGAUUGGAAGAUCUUCCUAUACGGUGUCCCGUCCUCCUGAGACUGCUGAACCACGACCCGUAUCAUUGCGAUGCUACAUCUGGUCAUGCGAAAGCCGCGGCAAGCUGGAACUACCUGCCUUUGUAUGAGAAUGAGAAAUAACGCGCAAUAAAGUAGAUGAAUAAAAGUAAAGGAAUAAACUACUAGCUACGAUUGCAAUGGUCAGUGAUCACUAGCUAUAGCUGAAACAGUCUUCACAAUUCGCUGCUCCACGGUCGUGGAGUGGGGAGUGGGGAAAAUGCUCUUGCUCCGCGUCAUGAUCGGUCAUCGUCCUCACUGAGUCGG